CAGCGCUUAGCACGAAUGUAACCGUUGACCUUCACUAUAUUAUUAGCCUGAAUAUUCACGAGUUACGGGGGUGCAUAAAACGUAUCUUGAGGCAUAGCUUACCCAUACGCAUCAAUGAAUCCUGCUGAGCUUGAAUUUCUUUCGGAAGAGGAAGAAUUAAACGUCGUACCUAGGUUUAAACUGGAAGCUGUAAAGUUGCUCAACACUACUAUUGGUCCAUUUUUUCCAAACGUACCAACUGUUGUCCCUCUUUGGGUUGCUCUUCUGCUUAGAGGCCAACAGAAAUGUCGUAUUAUACCUCCAACUUGGCUAACUGUGGAGAAGUUAAAUGAAUGUAAAGAAGCAGAAGAAAAUGAUACUGGUUGUGCAUCUCCUCCACAUCCUCAGUACAUUGAAAUCAGUACACUUCUUCUUCAACAUGCAGCUGAAGAUAUAGCAAAUCCUGAAAGUAUACGCAAUAUUGUUCGUGAUAUAUGGGAUAUUCGUGUAGGUAAACUAUUAUCAUCUGUAAAUGGUUUUCUAUCCAGUGGAUCAUCAACAGCACGAGUUAGUCAAUUAACCAAUAUGGAGUUGGUCACUUUACAUAACCUGUUAACUAAUUCAAUGGAUCAAUUGUCUUUACUACGUCAAGCAACUUCACAAGCAAUUGAAUUCUCUGGUGGUAGCGGUACAGCUAAUCGAACGUCAUUUUUAAAUUCAUCUUCUACUGGAAACUAAAUCAAACACAUCGAAGAUUUUUCUAAUUUUUUAGUUAUAGUUCAUUUCUUUCGGUAUGCUACUCAAAUUAUCUUUAUAACGCAUAUAUACACAUAUGAUAUCGACGUGGUGACUAUACAAAGUGGGAUAUAUGGGAACGUAUGAUAAUUCAUCGUAGCCGUGUAUUUUUGUUCUUUGAUUGAAUAUCAUUGCACUUUGUAGUAAUUGUAUUUUAUUGUAAAACGAUCAAAUCCAAUUAGUCGAUGUUUCAAUAAAUUAACAUUUU